AUGUUCAAGAACUCCCUGGAGAAAUGCUGGGAUUUCUCUCUCAGGGACAAACCGUCCAUCACCAUCGCCUCCAUUUUCUUCAUCUUCUCGAUCUACUGCGGUGCGCUGGUUUGCUCCACGCUGGGGCCCAAGGUCCCCCAGAUCGCGCCCUUAAUACUUGGUUGUGUCUUCUCCCACCUCACGUCCUUGUUUUUGAUCCUGACCGUCCGCGGCGGCGACGGGUCACUUCCUCACGGGAAAGUGGUGCUUGUUGUCGCUCUCCUGCUCUCGGUUGCUGGCACCACUCCCCUCCUCCGACUUUUCGACGUCACGGAUGAUCAGGUCUACGAGCGGUCGAUCCAGAUAAUCUUGGUCUUCCAUGCCAUCAUUGCUCAGGAUGUCAUGGCCAUCUGGCUCCUCCUUCAGGCGUGGGUUAAACACCCCCAGUGGUGGUUCAUCGGGGUGGUGAUCCUGCAGCUCAGCGUCUUUACAGUGGGAGCCUACUCGCUGGUUAAGACCUCCUUAAGCAUCGCCUGGAUCAUCAGCCCGGUGCUUCUACUGGUGUAUUCUGUAUUGAUCGUCCACCUCUACCACCGCUUUGGCAGGUUCGAGAAUCCGAACAACGAAAGCGCAUAUCAAUCCACUGGCACCAGACGUCGCUGGAUACAGCAAGCAAUGCAAUAUCCUCCAGUCUCUUUCUUAGCUCGUUUUUUCGGGCUCAAGAACGCAGCACCUCUCAUGAUGUUAGUCCGGGUCGUCCUUGUACUCACGGUGCUAUCAGCGGCCCUGGUGACGUGGAGUAUCAUCGAGGACUGGAAACAUAUCUUCUACACACAACUCUUUUUCUUGUUGUUUCCCUCCAUUUGUCCCUCUCUUUGGUACGCCCUAAGAGUUAUCAAAACAUCCCGAUGCCAUGCCCAAGGAUGUCAAGACGAAGAGGGAGGAAUAGAAAUCGCGAGAACAGGACCUAGGCCCCUUUCUGGCGACAUUAAGAAGGGGAUCCAUCCGGAGCAGCCUGGACCUGCUGGCACAUCGCCAUCCUGGAACCAUCAGGAACAUCAGAGUGUAGGAAGACCGGGAAACACCUAUCACCGCUCAAAUCCUGGCGGGUUGGGACCUCGACAGAGUCGUUCACAUACCAAGGCGUUCCCACCACCACCGCCUCCGUCACCCGCGACCGUCGAUGGGGACUUUGGAGACGAAAGGUCGGGGAAAAGGUUGGUGCGCACAGAUAGUCGGGCGCCAUUGGUUCCCAAGAACUAA